AUGGCCCCAAACACCAAGAUGUCCAAGCCCAAGGGUCUCAAGGACCACAAGAAGGCCGAGAAGGAGAAAGCCACCGCCAAGCGUGCCGCCGCCGCCGCUGAACAGGCGAAGUCCAAGAAGGGCUCCAAGGUCGAGAAGAAGGUCAAGACCGUGGUUGUCCAGGAGCCUGUCGCGGAGGGCAUCGUGCAGCAGGCUGUCACCUCUCCGACCAAGGAGGUCGCUCAGGAGAAGAAGGUCGAGGUCGACGUGAUCGCUGAGCCCAUUGCCAAGGACACUGUCACCUUGCCAGUCGAUGAGGUCUCUCAGGAGAGGCCGGUCAUCGCCGUCGUCGUUGAUGAUCAGGACACCUGUGAGUACAAGUCCGCGAUACUCUAUUGCACGUCAGUUACUAACACCGCAUCAGCUGUGGUCGCUGAGAACAUCGACGAGUGCAUCUCCGAGAAGAUCACUAUCCCGACCAUCACCGUCGAGGCGCCCUCCGCUAUCAACACCAUCCCGCAAGUCAUUGACGUUGCUGCACCCAUCUCCACCGACGAGGAUGCGCUCGUUGCCAAGAUCACCGCCACCGUGGCUCAUCGCAAGAAGCUCGAGGCCGACUUGUACGAUGGCAUGGAGACGGCUCAGGAGCGCUUCGCCCGUGUCCGUCGUGUCACCUCCGCCACUGUUGAGUACCACUACGACGUGGUGAUCGCCGUUGACGAUGACGCCGUCUCCGCAUGCUCACUUGCAGAUGCAGAUGAGCUUGAGCGCGCAGUGGAUGGCAUCGGUAUUGAAUAUGUUACAGUCCACGAUGCUGCAGCGUACACCCCUGAGGAUGCAUCCGCAGAUGUGGUCGUUGAUGAAGUCACCGGUACCCACGCUGUUAAGUCUGAGCCCGCCAACAAAUCCAUCACCAUGGAGCAGCUCUUUUGCAGUACCGCCACCACUGGCACUUCCACUGUCGGCGCCUCGCGUCCCAAGUCGCCAUUGACUCUAGCAGAGGUCGAGGAGAUGCAGGCUGAGGCCAAGGCUGCAUCUAAUUCCUCCAAGUCAUCGUCUCUGGACAUCAACCAGCUCUUCGCAGCCGACAAUGCCGAGCGCGCUAUCAUCGUCCGCAUGCCCAAGGCGGUUGCGGCAUCGACCGUCCCUGAGAUCACCCAGCUCUUCGCCGCUGAGGGCGCGCCCAUCGUUCGUCUCCCCGCUGCAGCUGGAAAUUCACCAGUCCGCGCUGCUCGUACAUGGGCAUUUGUCUUAGCCGGCAUGACGUUUGGUUGCAUGGACGAAAUCGCGGAUGAUGCGAACCCUGUCGAGCCUGUCAUUAUAGGCGGUCGCUCGCGUACACCAGUUGACCACAAGUUGAUCGAGGCAGUCGUCUUCGGUCGUCCAGACGAGUUUGAGGACGUCUCCUCCGAGGUACCCUUCCCAGCCGUACAGGGAAAUGCAAAUGACAAGCCUCUUCCGGCUGAUCUGCAGCUGGGCUCUGAGAAGCUCAUGUCGAUGCUAGGUGUCGACGGUCGCGUUCCCACUCCAGCCCCCACCCAGCAGAAUGGACAAGAGGGCGCCGACAAGAUCAUGGCACUCCUCGGCUUCCCUCGUUCGCGCACCGCGUCUGGCAGCUCAGUGCCCACCCCGCCACAGUCCUCUCCGGACAUGAAUGGCCGUCGGUCCACGCCUAACACCCAGGUGACCGUGACCCCGCCACCCCUCGACAACCACUUGGCCAAUUCCGACAGCCACAACUUCUCCAAGAACGACUGCGGCGCUUGGAAGGUCCCUAAUAUGGGCCCUUCCUCCGGGCCAUACAGCUAUCAGCAGCCUGGUUUCGGUCCUCGGUACGCCGCCGCUCAGUACGUCGCGCAGCCCUGCUUCCCUGAAUAUCAUCCACAUGGACUUCCCGGUUUCAACACCCCUUUCUAUGGUCAAUGGCAGAACUCUCAGCGCUAUGCUCCCUGGUAG